AUGUCGCUGAUCCAACACGUGUCCGCUCUCGAGGGCAUCGACCGUGAACCAGAAACAGACAUUGGCGAAGAUUUUACACCGAUUCGUCGGAAAAUCAGCUACGAUGUUCUUCAGCCGCCCACUCAACCUGUUCCGGUCGUCGAGCCUGCUCCCGGCAUCCCAGCUUAUAAGCAUUCCGCACUGAAGAGAAUAGCCCAGGUCGCAUUCACGAUUUUCGCGUGUUGGGUCGCGUCGGGAAUUGUGUUCGGGUUUGCCGCGUUGAAGCCCGUUCUUGUCGAGGAAGGUGUCUAUCAUGAUCAGUGCACCGAGGAUGAGUUACGCGAUGGGAUAGAAUUAUGCAAGCAGCAGGAUCUUGGGCUUAACUUUUUUUUCACCGUCGCGUCUAUCACGGCCAAUGUGUCCGCACUCCCGGUUGGAACAAUCCUCGAUCGCUAUGGAUCACGCGUCUGUGGUUUUAUCGGAUGCUUUAUAAUGAUGGCUGGGAGCUUGCUCAUGGCCUCUUCAUUUCGUCGACCGGGUUUCGAGGGCCUUCUGGCUGGCAACUUCUUCUUGGCUCUCAGCGGGACUUUUAUCUUUGUGCCAUCAUUCCAAAUCGCCAAUGCAUUCCCCCGGUAUGCGGGUUCGAUUGUCGCGCUGAUAACUGGAGCUUUUGAUGCUUCAGCGGCCGUAUUCCUAUUCUAUCAAUCUGCCUACGAGGCAUCGGGCCGGACCUUCACCCCCGACCGAUUCUUCUUGGGAUAUCUGGUCGUCCCAGCGCUGAUCUUUCUGGCCCUGCUUACAUUCAUGCCAAAACGUGAUUAUGUUCCACCAUUCGAACUGGAAAACAAAAUGGAAUGGGCGGAGGACGCAACGCAUGACGUGCACUCUUCUGACGAUGAAAUCGAGAGCGAUCGUGAACUCCGACGAGUGCGCAGUAAGCGUGCUGAGCGCCGAAAGCUUAAAGCGCGCAAGCUUCAUGAUGUGCUCGGCAGCAAGGAUGAGAUCCAGUCUCGCGCGGAGAAAGAGGAAGACCGCCAGCAGGUCAGCCAGGUCUGGGGUGUAUUGCAUGGAUUACCCGCUCGCCAGCAGAUGAUUACUCCGUGGUUCAUCCUAAUUACUCUCAUGACUAUUUUACAAAUGAUCCGGAUGAACUACUUUAUCGCUACCAUCCGAGCACAGUAUGAAUACAUGCUCAAUUCGAUCGAAGCAGCCGAACAAAUCAAUACCUUCUUUGAUGUCGCGUUGCCGGUCGGUGGUGUGUUAUUCACGCCUUUCAUCGGUUUCUUGUUGGAUCGCCUGAGUGUGCCUUCGCUCCUUGCACUGAUCGUGGCUUUUACUACUAUUAUUGGCGUGCUCAACUCGAUUCCUACCUUGUGGGCCGGCUAUAUGACAGUCGUGCUAUUUGUUUUGUUGCGACCUUUGUAUUAUUCUGCCAUGUCGGACUACGCCACAAAGGUGUUUGGCUUCGCAACCUUUGGUCGCGUCUACGGAACUAUCAUCUGUCUUUCCGGUCUCGCAAAUUUCUCCCAGUAUGGACUGGAUGCACUGACCCACCACACAUUCCACGAAAACCCGAUCCCGAUCAACGCGUUCUUGACAGUAUCUGGAUUUGUGGUCGGGGUUGCGCUGGUAGGCUUUGUCACCGUGCAAGGUCACAGACUGAGUGCCCAGGCAGAAGCGGAUGAAGAAAGGGAGCCAUUGCUGGAGGAGGACGAGGAAGACAGCGAUGGAUAUGGAUCUAUAGGUGGUCAUUAA